UCAUCGAUAAAUUUAUCAACUGCAGAAAAAUAGGCGAAAUUUUUUUCUUUCAUUUUUUGUUUCUUUCAAAUAUCCAUUGUAACUAUUUAUCAUCAUUGUAAAACAAUGAUGAUGAAAUCAAUAAAAUCUUUGUUGUUUUCAAAAUCAUUCGGUUAUAUUGAUUUAUUAUUUACAUUGUUAAUAAUAAUUAUAUUGAUUGAUCAACCGAAUGUUUGUUGGUCACGUAUGGUGGAUAAAAAAAUCUAUCAUCAAAUACCGGUACAAAAUUUUUGUUUCCUUCGAUUUAAUGCUACUAAUCAGAUUGGCUGUAGUGAUUCAAAAUUUGGUAAUGAAGGUUUAAUCAAAAUUAUUAAUAAUGAUAAUGAUUUGAAUGAAAUUAAAAAUGGCCAUAUGGCCUAUGUUCCUGUGAUAACUAGUAAACAAUUUAAUUAUACAACAUUAAUGGCCUUUAAAAAAUCUGAUAAUGUUGCUGGCGUUAUUGUUUGUGAUAAUGGUCGACCUGAAUGGGGUUUUUCAUCCGAUCAUUCAUGUCCAAAUCAAUUGUUUGAUCUUUAUACUAAUGAUAAUGAAUAUGGAUUUUGUCGUAAAAUUCAAUGGAAUAAACCGAAUAAACAACAUUAUGAUAAUGGUUUAUUAUUUGAACAUUGGCCAUUUCCAAUAUUUUUUAUUCGUAAUCAAAAUGAUAUCGAUUGGUUAUUGAAUAAAACUGAUGAACAUCAAAAUUGGCCAAAAUUAGCAGCCGAAUUUACUGCACAAAUGCAUGGUGCAGUUGAUUCAAUUACCUGUACACGUCGUUCAAUAUUAAGCCAAAAUUCAUGGUUUUCAUUAAUGCCAACUACAUAUUGUGAACCAUUAGGUGGUAUCAAUAUUUAUACACAUACAUUUGAUUUGAAUAAUUUAAAAACAAUACCGGAUAAUUCAGUUAUUGUUUUAUCAACACGUUUGGAUACAUUCAGUAUGUUUGAUCAAUUAGCACCGGGUGCUGAUUCAGUUAUGUCAUCAUUAAUUACAACAUUGGCUAUUGCUCAAUUAUUAUAUCGACCUGAAAUUCAAACCAAAUUAAUCAAUACUAUUAAUCAAAGAUCAUUAUUAAUUGCUUUAUUUGAUGGUGAAGCAUUUGAUUAUAUUGGUUCAAGUUCAGCUGCAUUUCAAAUGAAAAAUCAAAUAUUUCCAUUACCAAGAAAUAAUUCUGUAGAAAAAUCAUUACAAUUUAAUAUUGAUAAAAUUUAUCAAUGGAUUGAAUUUGAACAAAUUGGCCCACAUGAAAUAUCGGAUAAAUUAGAUCUUUAUUUACAUAAAAAUCCUGGAACCACCGAUAGCCAACAAUUAAUAAAUAUAAUUCAAAUGGAAAGUAAAAAUUUCAAUGAUUUACAAAUAAAUGAAACUCCCAACGAUAUGCCAUUACCACCAUCAUCGAUACAAAGUUUUCUUAAAAUGCGUAAAAAUAUUGAACAUGUUGUCGUUACUAAUCAUCGUAAUGAAUUUAUUAACAAAUAUUAUAAUAGUUUUUUUGAUGAUGGUUCAGAUAUAAUGAAUUCAAAAGAUUUUAAACAAUCAUAUUUACAACGAAUCAAAUCAAUUGCUACAUUAUAUUCACGUGUUAUUUAUCGAUCAUUAACAAAUGAACAAUUGGAUCUAAAAGAAGAAGCCAGUGAUGAAUUGAUUUCAAUGUUAAUGGAAUGUUUCCUAUACAAUUCAAAUUGUAAAUUAUUUUCCAACAUUUUACAAUCGGUUAAUAAAACAAUCGAAUCAAAUGAUGAUGAUGAUGAUGAAAAUAAUCAAAUUGAACCACCAUAUCCAAGUUAUGUUAGUGUUUAUCAAGCUGAUCCACGUACAAAAAUUCUUCGACAAUAUAUUAAACGUAUUUUAAAUUAUUAUUCUGGUCAAAAUAUGAAUGUAUCAUCAUCCGAUGAAUGUAUAUCAAUGGCUAGAUCAGAUCAUUUACAUACUUAUAUAUGGCAAAUGGGUGAAAAAAAUAAAGGUGAUUGUAUGCGUUCAAAUGUAUUUACAGUGGAUUGUUUAUCACCAGCAUUCGAUUCACAAACAUUGGAUAUUCGAAAAUCUUAUGUUGAUCAAAAUGAAUAUGCAAUUUGGACUGAAAGUAAAUGGGAUUCAGUUAAUCUUAGAAUUUUUGUUCAACCAAAUCCAUGGCAAAAAUAUUUUAUAUUUAUUUUUGGAUUGUUUAUUUCAAUAAUUUUUUCAACAUUAUUUUUCUUUUUCAAACAUAAUUUUGAUGAUUAUUUUGAAUCAACUAUUGAUACACCAAAUUGUAAUCUAACACCCGAAUCAACCGAUAAUAAUAGUGAAAAUGUUGUUGAUAAUCAAAACAUUAUUGUACAAACAUAAUCAUCAUCAUCAUCAUCGGAAUUUCGUAAUCAACCAAUAAUUAGAGAUGUUAUAGCCUGAUGAUUUGUUUGCUAAUUUUUUUUUUGGACUGAAAUCAUCUAAUCAAUCAUCUUGAUCUUUUUUUUCUGGUCUUUUUUUUGAUAACAUUGUAAAAAUUUUCCCUGAAAUGAAAAACAUCAAAAAAAAAAAUUACAUUCCAUUUUUUUUCCCAUUCAACAAAUGGAUUUCUCUUUGUCUCUCUUUGAAAAAAAAGAUUUUGUGAUCACAUCAAUCUUUUCUUUCAUUUUCCUCAUUAUCAUCAUUACACAAAGAUUUAAUUUAAAUAAUUCAUCAUAAACAACGUUAUUCUUGUCACAAUCUUUUGAUAAUUUUAAUU